CAGUCCUUUUUUGGUUCUUCUGGGUAGAAACCAGAAACAUUCUUUUCUUUCGUGCGGGGCAACCUCCACAAUUUGGAGCUGGAAAAGAUUGGGGAAGACCACAUAGGGGCAACCCCAAACUCAAAACUUUGAUUCCCUAAACGGUCUCGUGAUUCUCGCCCUCUUCAGCCUCCGUUAGCUCUGCAAUUCCGAAAUCAGAGGAAAGCAGUGAUCCCUAACCCUAAAUCCUAAUCCUAACUCUACAGUUGCGCUAUUUUUCCUGCUCAUGCAAUGGAAAAUGGAGCUCGAAGAGUUCGAAGCGGUUCUGGAGAAGAUUUGGGACCUGCACGACAAGCUUAGUGAUGCCAUCCACUUUAUCUCGAGAUCGCAUUUCCUUAACUCCAUUGAUGCUCAGAAGAAUCCUGACGAUUUUUACUUUUCUCGCGACUACGACAAGAAGCAGCCUCGUUCCGAUGGAGAUGAUGAACGAAACAGCGGAUAUGUUUUCGUGAAAGACUUUCGUGUUGACGACCACACAGCGCUUGCGGAGGCCAAGAGCCUUAAUUCCAUUAGGACUGCGCUUGAGAACCUCGAAGACCAGCUUGAGUUUUUUCAUACUAUACAAUCACAGCAGCAAACUGAAAGAGAUGCUGCAAUUGCACGUUUGGAGCAAAGUCGAAUUGUCCUUGCAAUGAGACUGGCUGAUCACCAAGGUAAAAAAUACGAAGUCAUUGAAGAAGCUAUGGCUUUUGUUGGAGAUGUAAAAAAUGAAGGCCACUUUGUCUCCCCAGAACAUUUAUAUGUAUCACCUAGAAGCCAAUCCGAUGAAAACUCAGGAGACCAUGAAGGGAAAAAGUCAAAUAUUGUGAUGCAAGUUCUGGCAUCAGGUUUUACCUUUGCUAGGAAAUCUCUUAAACUGGAGAAGAUGGGUGGUUUAUUGGGAAAUGCUGCUUUAUUCACUGUUAGCAUGCUCGCAUUACUACAUCUCAACCAAGUAGCCUUCAAGAAAAAUUUUAUGGUGGAUGUUUCAGAGAUGCAGGAGAAUUCCUUUUCUAUGAAAGGAAGAGAGAACUUUUCUCAGUUGGAGGGUUUGUCACCUAGGAGUCGUGUGAAGCAUUUGGAUGUGAUGGCAGCUAGGGGUUAGGCCUGAUUUUUUGGGAGCUAUACAGGUUCUUGAUGUUAUGGCCUUGUUUGAGCAAUCUUUUGUAAUGAACAAAUAUCCACCUUGUAAUUUUUCUACCACGGAAAUCCCAAAUUUGUAAUUCCCUUUUCA